AUGAAAGAAUUUUCCAAGCAUACCACUACUGCUCUUAUGCAUCGCACUACGGAGAAGUUGUCCUACGAUUGUUCAGCUUUGAUAGACACCGUUAUCUGCAUGUGUGGUGAUAUUCCAACGGAUAUGGUAGGAAACUCAUACACUUGUCCCAUAUCCCCGAUUGAAAUUCGGUGUAGACCUGGAAAGGGAGUCACUGCUGAGAUUGACGCAACUCUGGGGACUUUGAUCCCAACUUUGGUAGGCGGUGCACAACGAAUAAACUUGGGAUAUCAAGUGGUGCCCACCGAAGUGACAAAUCGCCUAAAUGACAUGGCUCUAACCAUGAAAAUACUACCAGAAGCUCUAUUGGAAACUCUUGGAAAACCUCCUCCAUCUGAAAUCAAUUUCAUCUCGUCUGUUCCACAGUCACGAGAUAUCCAAUUCAGUCUCAAUUAUGAAAAUACUAAGGUUGCUAUGACUUCCUACAAAGUGGAAUUCAAUAGAACAAUCUCACUUGAGAGAUUGAGUUUCACCUGUCCAGAAAAUGUUAGGAAGAAUGAAUACUUCAAUUGUCACCUUAUUGAUGAAAGUGUUGGUGGAUUCGACGGAAAGGUGACUUGGGACAAUCAGCAGAGCCUAGACUUUCAUUUUCCAAGUAAAAUCAUUGAUUACAUCGGAACUGAAAAUGUCUACUCUGGGAGUAACUUGCCUCAUUGCAGUGAAAGUGGUCUAAUUAUCACAGGAACCCAAGCCAUGUAUGCAGGAGACGUACAGGCGAUAUUUCUUCAUCUCAAGGCCAAAACGGCACUGAAAAUUUUCAUCCUACGUGCAACCUGUGAUAGUGGGAAAGUUUACGACUACUUAACGGACGCCUGCCAGAUGGCACCAUUCGAUGGCACCCCAUGCGCUCCAAACGAAGUUUACACACCGAUAUACCGCGUCUGCUUCAGCUCUACUCAAAAUGUCACCAAAAGAAAUAUUAAGCAGGAUGCUCCAAAUACCGACACUACGAUUCCUUACAUGAUCGUUAAGGUUAGAGCAUGUGACCACGUUUUCGUUGAUUGGGACUUAUAA